CUCCUCUCCUCGGCGCUAGAAGCACCGGGGAGGAGGACCUUUGACCGGAGCUCUUCAUGGUGCACCAGCGCUAGUUAGCAGCCAGCCAGCUGUUUUUUUUCCCUGUAUUAUUUCCCCCACAUUGUGUGUGGCGGUGCUUCAUAUGCAGAGCGAUGUGGUUUAUUUAUUUACUAAGCUGGCUGUCGUUAGUCAUCCAGAUCUCCUUCGUCACUCUAGCGAUAGCUGCUGGCCUGUACUACUUGGCCGAACUAAUAGAAGAAUACACAGUCGCCACCAGUCGAAUAAUAAAGUACAUGAUAAUGUUCUCCACAGGUGUGCUGGCGAGCCUCUAUCUCUUUGAAGGCUUCCCAGUGUUGAUGGUUGGACUCGGCCUCUUCACCAACUUGGUGUACUUCGGCCUCCUGCAGACGUUCCCUUACAUUCUGCUGAGCUCCCCAAACUUCAUCCUCUCUUGUGUGUUGGUGGUGGUGAACCAUUAUAUGGCCUUCCAGUUUUUUGCACAAGAGUAUUAUCCGUUCUCAGAGGUGCUGGCCUACUUCACCAUCUGCCUGUGGGUGAUCCCCUUCGGCUUCUUUGUGUCACUGUCUGCGGGAGAAAAUGUGCUCCCGUCCACCAUGCAACAAGGAGAUGAUGUGGUGUCUAAUUACUUCACCAAGGGCAAGAGGGGGAAGAGGUCCGGGAUCCUCCUCGUGUUCUCGUUCCUCAAGGAGGCCGUGCUGCCCAGCCGACAGAAAAUGUACUAAAGACCUCAAACUCGUGGGGGGGCCAAGAGGAGGGGAGGGGGGUGGGGAAGGGUGAGAGAGAGCGUAUGUGUUGGGGAAGCAGGAAGGACUUUGGAAAAUGUGUUUCUGGAUGGGACUAAAACGAAACGGUGGAAGAAGAGCAGAUAAAGAGGACGGACAAAUGAGCAGGACAGAGCUCACUGCUGGACGAGCCCACGAGUUUCCACAGGCGUCAUGUUCAUGUCUGUCUGUCUGUCUGUCUGUCUGUCUGUCUUUGCUGCGAACAUCAUCUCCUUGAGACCACUUUGGAGGGAUCUUGCCCAGUAGUGCAAUGCUGUCCUAUUGUCACGUUGGACUUUUUUUCCUUUGGCUUUGGUAUUUAAAUCUGCAGGUCCAAGAAGGUCAUCCACCGGUACUUUUGGACUUUGGCAAAUGCAUAAUUUUCAAUUUUCUUUUUUCCGUGGGACGAGAUCUGCUGUCAUUUUAGACGACGUGCGACUAGUGAAGACGUCACGUCUCCCCAGAUGAAGACGGUUUUCGAGACCACGGCACUUUUAAAGAUGACUAAGUGAGAGAGCGCAGUCUGACGUUAAGUUGCAGUGAAUUCGGCUUCAGACCGAUGAAUAAAUACUCUACAUGAAAAGGAGUUGAAAAGUGCGCUUUUUAAAAAUUUAAACGCCCUUAAAUGAAAAGUGAUCUACGAUGAAUAUUUCUCAGUCCGGAUCAUGUGCCCGAACAAACCAUCGGCUACGUUGAGGCUUUUGUGGGUUUUUCUUUCUUGUACAGAGUCAUUAAUCACCAGCGCUGCAGUCUGCAACCUGGCUGGACUGUUUAAACAUUAAUAACAAGAUUUUUUUAACUUGAUCGUUGAGUUAACGCGACAUCAGACGACUAAAAACACUUGUGAUGUACGGACCAUGUGCAAAGACUCUAGUAAGCUUCCGCCUGUCGGGGACAAAAGCUGCUCAAACGGUUUAACGAAAGCGUCAUUUUUUUUUUUUUACCAAUUACAGAGUGAAAUUCUUUGUAGGCUGGUAUGCACACAAAUGUUUAAUAAAAAGAUUUUGUUGAAAUAAC